UGUUGGGACCAUGCCUGUGACCUUUGCCCUCUUGCUCCUCCUGAGCCAGGCCACAGCAGACCCAUGCUACCACCCGGGGGGCCGCCCCCGCUUCUGCCUCCCACCCGUGACCCAGCUGGCUGGCACGGCAGACUCCUGCCCCCAGGCCUGUGCCCUUUCCCCGGGGACAGAACUCGGCCCCCGGGCCACCUGCAAUGGCAGUCUGACCCUGGCCCUGGGCGGCUCCUUCCUCCUGACAUCCGUCAACCUGGGCUUCUGCACCCCGGGACCCCCGGCCCUGGUCCUGUCUGCCGCCUGGGCCGCCAGCGGUCCCUGGAGAUCACUGUGGCGCGGACCCACCUGGCCCAGGGCCUUGGGGGGGCCCAAGAGGGUGACCUUCCGAGCCCCACCGUCCCCCAGGGCCACCGUGGUGGCCAGUCACCUCCGCGUGGAGUUCGCGGGCUGGGCAGGGCUGGCAGCAGCUGCAGUGAGAGGCCGCUGCCAGUGCCACGGCCAUGCAGCCCGCUGCGCUGCCCGGGCCCGGCCCCCCCGCUGCCGCUGCCGCCACCACACCACCGGCCUGGGGUGCGAGAGCUGCCGCCCGUCCCACCGAGACCGGCCUUGGCGGCCCGCCACGCCCAGGCACCCCCACCCUUGCCUGCCCUGCUCCUGCAACCAGCACGCCCGCCGCUGCAGGUUCAACUCUGAGCUGUUCAGGCUGUCGGGUGGCCGGAGUGGGGGUGUUUGCGAGAGGUGCCGCCACCACACAGCUGGGCGGCACUGCCACUACUGCCAGCCGGGGUUCUGGAGGGAUCCCAGCCAGCCCGUCACCAGCCGCAAGGCCUGCAGGGCCUGCCAGUGCCACCCUAUUGGGGCAACAGGUGGCACCUGCAACCAGACCAGCGGGCAGUGCCUCUGCAAGUUAGGGGUGACUGGCCUGACAUGCAACCGCUGUGGUCCUGGCUACCAGCAGAGCCGCUCCCCCAGGAUGCCCUGCCAGCGAAUUCCAGAGGCCGCGACCACCCUGGCUACCACCCCUGGUGUUUACAGCUCAGACCCUCAGUGUCAAAACUACUGCAAUAUCUCGGACACCAGAGUCCACAUGAGCCUUCGGAGGUACUGCCAGCAGGACUACGUUCUCCGCGCGCAGGUGCUGGCCUCCGAGGCGGCGGGCUCCGCGUGGCAGCGGCUGGCAGUGCGCGUGCUGGCUGUGUACAAGCAGCGGGCGCGGCCGGUGCCCCGCGGCGGCCAGGACGCCUGGGUGCCCCGCGCCGACCUGGCCUGUGGUUGCUUGCGCCUGCGGCCUAGCACUGACUACCUGCUGCUGGGCAACGCGGCCGGGGGCCCCGACCCCGCGCGCCUGGUCCUCGACCGCCACGGCCUCGCGCUGCCCUGGAGGCCGCACUGGGCCCGGCCGCUGCGGCGGCUGCAGCAGGAAGCGCGCGCUGGGGGCUGCCGCAGCCUCCGGCCUCCGACCCCCAGCGCCGAGCCCGAGCACUAGAGCCCGAGCACUGGGCAGCCUCGACGGCCAAGAAAGGGACCUGGAAGCCACCGGGAGCUGAGACUUCUACCUCGACGGGGCGUCCCUUGGCAACGUAGCCGGCGCCGUGGCGUCCCUGACGUCACUGGCACGCGCCAGCACCACGCAGGCCCGAGGCACCUUUAGCCAAAGGCGGCGACCUGCAGGCAGGACUCUGGGCCGCUGGCCAGGACCUUUGGCCUGUGACCCAUGCGGCUAAGUCCCCUCAAUAAAGUCUUAAAUCUUGGGUAUUUCGGCUGCGGACCCCUGAUGAGUGCUCAAGAGGGUCUCUGAGCGGCAAAUGAAGGCCUCCAGUAAAUCCUCAGAGCGAAAGUAAGGCUCAGCUCCCUGACAAAGUGGCCAAUCCAGGGGAAAAGCUGGAAUGACGUCACUGGCGCUAGUCAGAUUUCUGUUGCCUGACGAUUGGCCGAAAGCCAGUGGGAUGAGUGACUAAAACAGGCGGGACAUAAACCACAGGAAGACAUAAGUGCCAGAUUUCCACAAAGUCCCACAUUUAGGAACUUUCUAUUUCUGAUGAGGCUUAGGAUGGUCUCUGGGAAAGAAAUAGAGGGACUUUGAGUGAAUAUCCGAAGGGGGAUCUGACUGAGGUUCAUCUGGUCUUGAAGUGCAGCCGAAAUCCUUUCCUGAGCGAAGAGCCGAUUGGGAGCCACAGUGGUACGAUAUCACUUGAUGCUAAGCGGAAUUCCAUUCCCACCCAACAACUGUGUAUCUAUAGGAAAGAGGGGUGGGGCUAAAAAGGCAGGAAGCAGUAAGUAUGGAAUGGGAGGUUGUCAUGGACCAGGCCCUUCCUUACCACUCUGGCCUCUGCCCCCAGCACCCCCGAUCAAAAAUGCAAUUUCAAAUUUGGGUGAUCUCUGCGUUGGGUCCUUCCAUUAGG